GGCGGAAAGUUGGUUUUGAGGGGUUUUUGUGUGUGUUCAGAUAGAGGAAAAAGUUGCUCAGAGGAAGUGAGGGCGGCGGCGCAGGGACCAUGCUGCCCCGAGCAGCCCGCGGCCCGUCGCGCCGCUGAGCGCCCGCGGGCCCGGGAAGGAAUUGCCAUGCCCGCAGGGAUCUUCCGAGUGUGCCUGGUGGUGAUAACAGCUAUCGUCAACCACCCACUCCUCUUCCCCAAAGAAAAUGCUACUGUCCCCGAGGACACGGAGGAAAUCAUCCAGAGGAUGAAGGAGCGUGAGGAGAACCUCCGGCUGGAGCAGCUACGCUUGGAGCAGGAGAUGGCAGGGCAGGAGUCCGCCCAGAAGGCUUUGGAAGAGGCCCCUAAGCUGGAGGAGAAGCUCGAAGAGGAUGCUCUGCGUUGGGACUUGUGGAGCGCCAUGUCCAUGGUUGUCUUCUUACUGAUUGAGCUCUGGAGGCAAGAUUUCCAGGAUGGGAACUGGCAGGACUGGGCCGGUGAGGAGGAUGACAUGGCCAUCCUGGGGAAAGCGUUUAAGGGGGUGGCCCUGCCAAAUAAGGCCACCUUGACCAACUUCUAUGAAAGGUGCAUCGUGGGUGUCACUGGCGAGAUGGCCCGGAUGCGAGAGUUGGUGGAAGGUUUUGCAGACGACUUGUUGGAAGCCCUGCGGAGCGUGUGUAACCGGGAUGCUGACAUGGAGGUGGAAGAAUGCAUAGGGGUAGGGAGCAUGUAUGAAAACUGGAGGGUGCGCAAGCCAUAUGUGUGCGACUUGAUUGUGCCUUUUACCCCUCCAGAGCCCUACCGUUUCCGAUCCCAGGUGUGGUGCUCUGGGGACUCCAUCCCCCCAGAUAAGCAAGGCUACGGUACCAUCAAGGUUUGCCGGAGGGAUGAGGAUGUGGCAGGCUGUAUCUGCGACAAGACUAAGCUGGGUGAAGACAUGUUAUGCCUCCUCCAUAGCCAAGCCAGCCAGACCAGGCACAACAGUGAGAGGGAGGACCUGCUCUGCUUUAACAACACCCAGUAUCUGGAUGCUGACCAGGUGAUGAAGUGGUUCCAGAUCGCCAUCACCAAGGCCUGGAACAGAAUAUCCCACAAGUACGAAUUCGAUCUCACCUUCAGCCUCUUGGACUCCCCAGGUGCCCUGAAGAUAAAAUUCAGGUCUGGAAAGUCCAUCGCCUUCAACAUCACCCCCGUGGUGCAGUGCGAAGACUCUGAUGUCUACUUCAUCUCCCACUUUCCCCGCAGCGGCCUGACAGCUGAUCCCUCCUCCAACACUUACUGGUUUCUUACGUUCGCGGUGUACGAGAGACGGUUCAUCCAUUCCCUCUCCAAAACACUGCCUGCCAACGCCUGCCACCUCAGCUGCCUUCAGAUCCUCUCCUUCCUGCACGAAAAGCAAUGUAGCCUCUCGGGUCCAAGCGGCCUCACAAACUAUCACCUGAAAACAGCAAUGCUGCACUUGCUACAGACCCGUCCCCGUCAGGACUGGGCCCCGGAAAACUUGGAAGCCAGGCUGCAAGACAUGCUGAAAUUCCUGGAGAAAAGCCUGCAGGAAAAGAAGCUAUGCCACUUCUUCAUUGGAAAUCGUAAGGUGCCAGAGGAGCUAGGUUUCCCGGGGAUAUUCCAGAAGGCUGAGCCCCUCAACCUUUUCCGAUCGUUUGUGCUACACAGGGACAUUUACCAGAAGACGGUGGAUACGUUUCACGAGAUGCUGAGGAACACAGCUGCUCUGAUAAAUGAGUACACGGUGCACGUUCCUAUAGAGCAUACAAACGGGCUUCACAAAGAAUGUCUUUAGCCAAGACAUCUGAGAAACACUUGUCCUCUAUGCACAAGUCCCUGGGGCAGCUUACAAGCCUUAUCGAGGCAAUGGACUUUGACAGGAGAGAUUUCCACCUUUCAUGGCAGCUAAUUCAGGCCUGGUUUACCCAGCAUCAGGGAGGAAAGAGAAUGGGUAGAAACUGGAAAGCACACGCUGUGAAAGUGUCUCUACUCCACCAGUGCGUUAGCUAUUCUUUAUGCAACUCAGAAUAUAUUUUUUUACUAUGCACUAGUCCGACUGUGGUGGUGACAAGCAACAGAUGUAAUUUAUACAGAUGUUGCAUUGCAAAAACAUUGGCAAUUGUUCAGCGUCUCAAGCCAAAUAUUGAGUUUGUUUUUAAAGAGGACAUAAUAAAAUGGUGAGGAGAAUCUAAGAUAAAAGAGGAUGCUGGAAGAGUCCUCUUCUCUGAAAGGCAACAGCUCUGUGACUGCUGUUACUCUGUUUUUCUUCCCGUACUAUUAUUAGUCUUUUGUAUAGUCAUAAUGAUAAUGUCCAGGGGAGUAGAUUUUGUGCGUGGGUGAAUAUAUUUGCAUGGCAGUUUUCCAUGUCUGCUCUGGAUGAAACCAGAUGUAAAAGAAAAAAAGAAAAAAAUACUUCCUCCAAGACACAAAACUGUAAAACGGCAGAUGCCAAGAGAUAAAUGUUUGGGCUCUUCAUGUAACCAGAUGAUGCAUGAGAAGAGGGAGCUCACCAAAAAAACUAUGAAAUGAACCCAGUCGCAAUAAGCUGAUGCCAAAGGGGUAGAUCUUAAUCUCAAAAUCUAGUACAAAUCAUGUAGUGCAUUUUUAAUGCAGUCAGGGCAGGUAAAAGUGCUGUAACUAAGGGAGAGGGCAGAGCACACUGGUGGCUGGCAAACUUUGUUUUUGGAGCAAUGCUGCAGUCUGACUCCCUCCAUCGUGUCUGUCUUAUCUUCCCUAGGGGAAAUCUGGGGUAUCUGCCUGCAUCCAAGCAAGGCUUCUUCUAGACCUCGUUAAUGCUGCUGCUUCGAGUGGGUUGCAUUUAGGAGCGUCAGGUAGAGCAAGCUGCAUGGCCUGCAGUCACCUGAGACCUGACCAUAGCGAAUGUUCAGCCACUACUGGCCUUCAGGUAGGAGAGAGAGAGAAAGUCUUGGAUGACCGUACGAGCUUUUAAUGCUGUUUUAAUCAAGUAGAGCUCUUCAACUUGGGUGUACUGUUUUCAUUGUUCUCCUUUUGGAAGAGGAAGACGCAGCCGUGGUUGGCGGCAUGGAUAGCAUUGGUUGUUCCAUCCUACAGCAGAUUACUGUAAUUCCUGUAUUAUUGCACCUCCCCACUUGACCCAUAUAUGGCAGACACAGAAGAUAGGUUUGAUCCUACUAUCCUGAAGGUGAUGCCUUCUGGCAGGAGUUCGUUAUCCAGCUUGCCAUUAAGCAGACCUUCAAAAGAAGAUUGAAGCACAAAUCAUUGC